GUGUUACUUGAGUGAUUAUACUGCAAUAAGAGAUAAAAUAAUUUCAUACUUAUAUAGUCCGCAGGAAUCUGCUACACACCUUUUACUUUUUUAGUGAAUAACAACUUUCUUCUCAAGGAGUUAAAUAUGAAAUUUUUGGUAUUAGCCAUGUUUAUUGGUACAGUAUUUGGCCAAAAUUACCAUCCAGGCCGACAACAGCACUCAUCACAAUCGCCGACACCAGGACAGUAUCAAGAAGAGCAUCAAAGAUCAGUAAAUAAUGACAGACAAUUCAGUACUACUACAUAUGUUCCAAUUUUGCAAUGGAAUAAAGAACAGGAACACGACGGAACAUAUAGAACUAGUUAUGAGACUGGCAAUAACAUUGUUGCAGAAGAGAGUGGCUAUGUGAAAACUAUUGGCGAAGGGGAUAAUAAGGCUGAAGCUCUGGUUCAACAGGGUAGCUACUCAUAUACCAGUCCCGAGGGCCAAAUUAUAACUAUUCACUAUACAGCGGAUGAAACUGGAUUCCACGCUACCGGCGAUCAUAUUCCUACUCCGCCACCAGUUAGCGAGGAAAUUCAGAAAGGUCUUGAUCUCAUUUAUGCUGGUAUACGUCAACAAGAGGAAACUGCUGCACGGGAAGCAGCACAAAAAGCUCAACAACCUUUCAAUCAGCAGAUUGAUAGACAGCAGGAUAAUAAAAAUUAUCGUUUAUAAAUUUUAUCACUCCUCAAAGGAAAAAAAUCAUUUUGAAAUACUCAAGUAUCGUUGGAUAAUCAUAGACAGUUUAUGAAUUAUUUAUCAAAUAAUAUAUUAUACUAGGAAACGUUGGAGAAUGGCUUUCAAUAUAUUUUUUUUUCUUCACUCCUCUGAAACAACAUCACAUGAUGGAACAUAACGCAAUCAAUAAUCAUGUUUAUGUAAUUACUGAUUUGAUGGAAUACAGAUGAAUUUUAUUGAA